AUGAGCUUCUUCCGAUAUAAUAAGUUUAUUUAUUUAACACAAUUUCGAUGUAAAACUGUGAAAUUCAAACCCAAGAUUGCAAAGACAAAACCAUUGAAAACGCCUUCUGCUCUGGCACUGGACCAUUUUGAUUUCUACUAUGGGCCUUUGUUUGGGAAAAAAUGGCCGAGCAUCCGACUCGGACUUUUAUCUCCGAAUAGAUAUUUAGCUGUGAUGAACACGAUGAGCAGAGAUUGGGAACCGCAUGAUGAGAUUCUAGCAGACAUGGGAGCGAAAGAUCUAUUAGCGAGUAUUCGAGGAAAGACUGAAGACGAUAUAAUUGAGGCCAAACGGCAACUAGUAGAAAUGAAGGCUGAUGAAGAAACGAAAAAAGUUAAAAACGAGAUCGCGGUUGGUAGAAUUGACGAAAAGAUCAUACAGUGCUUAUGUUGCUUGCAGAAUCCUUCGACGUCGUCUGAAAGAAAUUUUUCUCUCGACGAAGAACAAGAAGCAAUUUUCCGAUCGGCAGCUGGCUUGUCUGAAUUCCGAGCAAGUCCAGGAGAAUUAUCUUCUGGAUCUCUUCAGAUGAGUCGAGGAGGAAUCAAAAAUAACAAAGAUGUAGAGAUCACUGGUUUUGAAGGAGAAGGCGUCCGAAUUCCAAAACGAGAGCAUUUCUUAUACUAUCCGAAAGACCUUCGAGUUAGAGCAUUCAAGAGAGGAGUUCUUCUGGAUUUUCCUGCACCAAUGAAAGAUCAAGUUGGCGUUCCAAGUUAUUGGCUUUUGGACGGUGGUUCUCUUCUACCUGUUCUUGCCCUUGGUCUUCAAAAAGAUGAUUCGUUGCUCGAUAUGUGUGCAGCACCUGGAGGCAAAAGUCUUCUUGCUGCUCUUUCUAAUCUUCCUUCGAAAAUUGUGUGCAACGAUUUCAAACUGGCACGGCUUGGACAGCUGAAACGCGCAUUAAUGACCUAUGUUCCAGAGGAAAGUGAAGCGGUUGAUAAAUUUGUGCUAAAACGGAAAGAUGCGUCCGAUGUAAAGUCGUGGGACGAAUUCGAGGCUUACGAUAAAGUCCUUGCUGAUGUUCCCUGUUCGACGGACCGUCUCUCUGUCAACACAGAUGAUGGGAAUAUAUUCAGUACGUCAUCAACACAACAAAGGCUCGAUCUACCGUUGCUACAGACAAAAAUCCUUGUAAACGCCAUUCGAUCAGUAAAAGUAGGUGGUUCUGUUGUCUACUCGACAUGUACAUUAUCCCCAAGUCAGAACGAAGCUGUGGUUGAAAAUGCGGUUGCCGUCGUUAAAAACGAUUUUGGAAUCGAAAUAGUCGAAGAAUCACUCCAUCAACUCGUUUCUCAUAUGACGGCAUCUGGACUUUAUCGCUUCCAUGAUACACCCCUGGGUGCAUUGGUAGUACCGUUUCUUCCUUCUAAUUUUGGACCGAUGUAUAUUUGCAAAUUGACCAGGUUGCAAUGA